AUGCCUGCCCCUCCGCAGCCAGAGCUGCCGCAUCCCGCGCAUCUGGACCAAGAUUCUGCGCUGGGUCGAAAGUUCGGUAAAGAGGUGACGAAUUACUUUGGAGGCUCACCCAUCAACCGAGUGUCCUUCCUGCGCGACGACAAUACCUUUCUCGCUGGCGCAUUCUCCCAUCCCUCUGCGAGGUUCCUCGUCUUCAAGACGCUUUCACCGCUGAUAAAAUCGCCCACGGAGAUCCACUACGCCACAUUAGAUGACCUCAAAUCGCUUCUCCCUACGAAUCCGUUUGACAGGACCGAGAAGGAAACAGUAGACGACUUUGACUCGCGGAUAGAUUAUCCCCAAUUGGUGUUUCUGGGCUUAGACGAAAAGGUCAAGGAUGGAUACUCGUACAAGAAUUUCACGGGGGCGCCGCAUUGGGCCGUGGACAUCACGCCCAAAAAGACGUUCGAGAAGGAGGCCAAUGAACUGAGCGACACGUUCGUGGCGUCCGGGUUGAAAUUCAGCGAAGGCAUGAGAGCCAUGAGUUUCCCCGCUGAUGUCGCCGCCGAGUACGCACAAGGCCGGCACUACCUGGACUGGAACUUCCGCAACACCUUCUGCGGCACGUGCGGGCACAAGACCUUCUCCGUCCACGGCGGUGCCAAACGAGUCUGUCCGCCCAAAGACAAGGCCGAGACACCGCCAGAGCGAGAACCGUGCUCGACACGAACCACCCUGUCAAAUCUUACAUUCCCGCGAACCGACCCUACCAUUAUCGUGGCCGUGCUCAGCCACGACAGCAAGCGUCUCCUCUUAGGUCGCCAGAAACGGUGGCCGCCUUACUGGUUCUCCACGCUCGCGGGAUUCAUUGAACCAGCCGAGUCUGUCGAAGACGCCGUCCGGCGCGAGGUCUGGGAAGAAUCUGGCGUCAAACUGUCGCGCGUGCUGGUCCAUUCCACACAGCCCUGGCCAUAUCCGGCGAACCUGAUGAUCGGGGCAAUCGCCCAGGUCGCCUCACCUAAGGACGAGGAGAUCAGACUGGAAUUCGAUCCGGAGUUGGAAAUCGCCAAGUGGUUCACACUGGAGGAAAUCCAGGAGGCAUUGACGCAUGGGACCAGCGGGUUGGGUGACCCAGCGCCGGAGGGGUACAAGGAAGGGAAUCUAAGGUUGCCUCCUCCGACGGCAAUUGCCAAUCAGCUGAUCUCGGCGGUCGUGAAGGGCGGGUUCUUGGAAGGUGUGACACCGAUCACGAAGUUGUGA